AUGGAUCCAACAUCCUACAAAAGUUUCCUCCAACUUGUGCGAUACUCUCCAUAUGGAAAGAACAUUGACGUCAAUAAUCUCACCUCUUUUUCAGUACUCAUUUUCCUCCUUUUCCUCUUCCUCUUCUUCCUACUUUCACUCAAAUUCUUGUCCACCAAAAACCCCAAAAUCAACAACUUACCGCCAUCACCACCACAACUCCCAAUAAUUGGCAACCUUCACCAACUAGGCAGCCUCCCACACCGCUCAGUGGCAUCUCUUGCAGAGAAAUAUGGGCCUCUCAUGCUCCUUAAACUAGGCCAAACCCCAACUGUUGUUGUCUCAUCAACAAAACUAACUAAAGAAGUAAUGGAGUCCCAUGAUACCAUCUGCUCAAACAGAGUCCAAAACACAGCUGCAAAAUUCUUACUCUAUGGAUGCCAUGAUGUGGUCUUUAAUUCCUAUGGAGAACAUUGGAGACAGGCAAGAAAAUUAUGUGUUUUGGAGCUCUUGAGUUCCAAAAAAGUUGAGUCUUUUCAACAUGUUAGAGAUGAAGAAGUUGCAAGGCUAGUGCAAAAGAUUGAAAAUAAUUAUAAUAAGGAUAACUCAUUGUGUGUGAUCAAUCUCAAUGAGCUUUUGUUGUCAACUUCAAACAAUAUUGUGGGGAGAUGUGUUUUGGGAGAUAAGUUUGUGGAAGAAAAUGAUGGGUACUUUGGACAAGUUACAAGGAAGGCUAUGGUGCUUUUGGCUGAGUUUUGUGUUGGGGAUGUUUUUCCUUGGCUUGGAUGGAUUGAUGUUUUGAGAGGAUUUCAUGGUCAACUCAAAGCUUGUUUUGAAACAUUGGAUAAGCUUGUUGAGAAAGUGAUUGAAGAACGUAGGGAAAAAUUGAAGAUUGGUGAUGAUCUACCUUCUGAGAAGGAUUUUGUGGGGUUUUGCUCAAAUUGCAACGACAAGACGCACUUGGAUAUGUUUGUAGGUGGAACAGACACCACAGCAGUAAGUUUGGAAUGGACAAUGACAGAGCUGAUGAGAAACCCAACAGCCAUGAAAAAAGUUCAAGAAGAGAUCAGAACAAUAGUUGGUAAAAAGUCAAAGAUUGAAACAAAAGACAUUCAAAAAAUGGAGUACAUGAAAUGUGUUAUAAAAGAAACUUUAAGACUUCACCCACCAGGUCCUUUUUUGUUGCCAAGAGAAACAACGGGAAGUUUCAACCUUGAAGGCUACCAAAUUCCACCAAAAACAACGGUUUGGAUCAAUGCUUGGGCAAUUCAAAGAGACCCCAAAAUCUGGGAAAGCCCAAACCAGUUCGCUCCAGAGAGAUUCAUGGAGGAAAAGAAAUCAGUUGAUUUCAAAGGUCAUGACUUUGAGUUCAUUUCAUUUGGGAGUGGAAGAAGGAAGUGCGCAUUGGAUUGUCAUUUGCUAUUGCUUCUUUUGAACCUGUAUUGGCCAAUCUUCUUUAUUGGUUUGAUUGGAAGCUUCCAACUGGGGAGUUGUUGGAUAUGACUGAACAACAAGGCCUCGCUAUUUCCAAGAAACUUCCACUCAAUCUUAUUCCAAUCCCCUA